AUGACAUCUCCGUCGGACCCGGGUUGGUUCGGACGGAGCCUGCGGACCUUCCACGAGCGCCACGAACGUCUCCAACGCUUCGUACACGAAGGCAUGCGGGUACCUUUACCUCGCUGGGGUCGCUUCCUUAUGGGAUGUGUCUAUUUCACUAUCCCCGUAGUAGGUGGGAUGUCCGUCAUGAACUGGUCAAUUGGCAAGGCCCACGCUUCAAUCGGCGAAUCCGGCGAACGAUUGCCGCAAAAAUACGCGCAUCGGCAAGGGCUAGUAGGAGAUGCCAUUGUCACGUCAGACGGGGAAACGAAAAAGGUUGGAGCCGGAGGUUGGGGUGGGGGUGUACACUUGGCUGUGAGUGAUGAAGAAACGCAACGGCGGAAUCGGCAAGCCCUCAAUCAUUUCUUUGCCUCACAGAAGAAGCAACAACGACGCCAAAAACAACAUCCCGAGGACGAAGGCGACGCCUCGUCGGAAGUGGAGGCGUCGUCCACUCCCUCCACUGCCCUGUAA